CUUCUUGGCUGCCUCCUUCCCUGCCCCCGCCGCCGCCGCCCACACGGACCAAUCGCAUCCCAACUUUCGGUUUCCAAUUCGUCACUUUCGAUUCGUGCUUUUUGCCGGCGGGGCUUCCCUGUCCUUCCUCGGCCCGUCAGCUGACUUCGAGGAAAUGCAGGCACGCCCCCCUCUAUAAAGCGCGGGGUCGCGGGACUGUGCCCGGGCCAGUGGUGGAAGAAGGUCUCGCGUUCUGCCCACUGGCUCCGGAACUUGCAACUUUACGCAGCCUUUUUUAUUCUGCAAUAUUUAAUUUGCGCCAGUCGCGCUGGUGGAGGAGGAAACGCGCUUGCAAAGGGCUGGAGAGAGAUCGGCAUGAGCGAAGAGGAGAAACGGAGCCUGCUCUGCUAUCGGCAUUAUAUUGUGGAGACGCUGAAGCCUGUCUAUGUCGUGAGCUACAUGAAGGAUUGGCUCAGCGAUGAGACUGUGGAGAGAAUCCAAAGUCAUAAGGAGAAGCCCACUACUGCUGCGGGUUUAUUUCUUGACUCGAUUGUAAAUCUCACGGAAGAGGGAUGGUUCCGUGGAUUCUUGAACGCGUUGAAUACAGCAGGUUAUACCGGCCUCCGUGAAGCCAUUGAAAAUUGGGAUUUUGAGAAGAUUGAGAAGCUGGAAGUUCACAGGAAGUUGCUGAAUCGAAUUCUGCCCUCUUUGAGGGAAAUUGAUCCGGCUCAGAUACUAUUCUACCUGAAUGAUUGCCUCAUACAUGAGGAGGUUGAAGAAAUUCGACAGGUUAAAAGGAAUGAAGGAAAUGCAGCGGGUAUGAGGAAGCUUGUAGAAUGCCUCUGUAGGUCGGAUAAGGAAAACUGGCCCAAGACCUUCCAACUGGCGUUGGAGCAGGCCGAAUUUUACGACCAAAGCGAACUGUGGAAUUUGAAUGAAGGUAGUGUCGAAAACACCUGUGUGGAAAUGAGAGAUGAAGACGAGGGAGCCUGUGCUGUUGAUAUCAAUAUACAGUUUUCUGAAGAAGCCGAAUCGGACAAUAUGAGCGCGAGUCCGGGUUCCUCGUCGUUGGGUCCUUGCCCCCGAUCAGUUUAUGUUCCAAAGGAGGCCAGGAGCUACCAGACUGAACUUGCCCGACCUGCUCUCAGUGGCAAGCAUACCAUCAUCUGUGCCCCUACUGGUUCUGGGAAGACUUUUGUGUCUAUUAUGAUAUGUGACCAUCACCUCCGCAACAUGCCUCCUGGACGGAAGGGGAAAGUGGUCUUCCUCACGACUAAAGUCCCAGUAUAUGAACAACAGAAGAAAGUCUUUGAGGAAUAUUUCAAGGGAAAAUUCAGUGUUGCAGGCCUGUGUGGGGAAAGCGCAGUGGGUGCCCCUUCGGAUAUGGUUAUCGAGGCGAACGAUAUCACCAUCAUGACGCCUCAGAUUCUCGUGAAUUGCCUCAACCACGGAGAGCAAGCUUCCCUCUCGUCGUUCACGCUGAUGAUUUUUGACGAGUGCCACAACACGACCGGGAAUCACCCUUACAGCGUGUUGAUGUCCAAGUACUUAGACCUUAAAUUUGAGCAAGCCGCAACACCGCUACCUCAGAUUGUAGGACUGACGGCCUCCCUUGGAGUUGGCAGUGCCAAGAGCCUGGGUGAGACGGUGGAAUACAUUUGCAAGAUCUGUGCCAUGCUGAAUGCCGAAGUUAUAUCGACAGUCAGAGAAAACAUAAAGGACCUGGAGGAAGUUGUCUACAAGCCCCAAAAAUUGACUUGCCUUGUGAAGAAACGUCCCCAAAACCGCUUUGUCACCAUUAUUGCAGACAUGAUGUCUGCAACUGAGAGCCUAGCAAGAAAAAUCUAUGCUAUAGAUGCUUUGUCUCACAUUAAAAGUCGGUGUUUUGGAACCCAGAAAUAUGAGCAAUGGAUCGUUGAUGUGCAGAAGAAAUGCCGAGUGUUGCAGCUGCCAGACAAGGAGGAAGAAAGCCGCGUUUGCAAGGCUCUCUUUAUUUACACAGAACACCUUCGGAAAUACAACGACGCCCUCAUUAUCAAUGAAGAUGCACGCACUCAAGAUGCACUCGCUUACCUGAAGGAGUUCUUUAAGAAUAUCCGAAGUGGAGGCUUUGAUGAAAUAGAGGAGAAGCUGACAUUGGAUUUUGAAGCUAAAUUGCCAGAGCUGUGUAAAGAUGCUCAGGAUGAAUCCAAUGAAAAUCCCAAAUUGGAAAGGGUCACUUUUAUUCUGGAAGAAGAAUACCGCCUCAACCCGCAGACACGGACUAUUCUCUUUGUGAAGACGAGGGCACUAGUAGCUGCAUUGAAGAACUGGAUAGAAGAGAACCCCCAACUUCAACACCUAAAGCCAGAUGUAUUGAUGGGCCGUGGAAAAAGGAAUCAGGAAACAGGUAUGACACUCCCAAAUCAAAAAGGUGUCUUGGACUCCUUCAAAACCGAUGGGGACAGCAAGAUGCUCAUAGCUACAUCUGUUGCCGAUGAAGGGAUAGAUAUUGCUCAGUGCAACCUUGUUCUUCUGUAUGAAUAUACGGGCAACGUCAUUAAAAUGAUACAAGUCCGAGGACGCGGAAGAGCCAAAGACAGCAAGUGCAUCCUUGUGACGAGCAAAAAAGAACAGGAGGAGAACGAGAAAUAUAACAUCUUAAAGGAAGAGAUGAUGAACCAAGCCAUUGAGAAAGUGCAGAAGUGGGACGAGGAGACAUUUGCGCAGAAGAUAAGCGACUUGCAGAAGAUACAAAAGAAAAUUCAAGAUUCUAAGAAGAAAGAGCCUCAGCCCAAGCUGGAGACGGGCAAGCGGAAAUUGUUGUGCGGGAAGUGUAAAGCACACGCCUGCGACGUGGAAGACAUCCGGGUGCUUGAGGUAGCUCACCACACUGUCAUAGAUAAGAACUUCAGGAACCGGUUUACAACAAGGCCUCAUAGCAAACCCGUCCACUGGGGUCACUUUGAGAAAAAAAGCAAGAUAUACUGCAGCGAUGCCAAAUGCCAGCAUGACUGGGGCAUCGCAGUGAAGUACAAGGCAUUUGAGGACAUACCCAUAAUAAAAAUCGAGAGCUUUUCGGUAUACGACGUGGUCAAGGGGAAGCAGGAUUAUUUCCGGAAAUGGAAAGACGUUAAUUUUGCACUGAAAGAAUUUGAUAUUAAAGAAAUGUCCGAUUGAAAUGCAGAACGGGCCAAGCUACUUGUGGAACCUUUGUUCUGAACGAACAAACAGGCACCUUCCAUUUUUACAGCUUUUAAAGGGGAAGGCUAACAUUGUGUGCAUCUGCUGUUAAUAGCAUUAAACUCUGCGUUUUAUCAUUGCGAUUACUGUAGAAGCUUCCUUUGACGUAUUUUGUACUUUAGCGCUCUUAGGUGUUAGUCAGCAUUGCUUGAUCAAAUGCUAUUCUGCAAAACCUUUUAAAAGAAAAAAGAAAGAAAGAACAAAAGCUUGGUGGGUUGAUUGGAAUCUUAACAGUAUUUACCACAUGCACAUUGAAGUUCUUAAGUAGAUUAAACCUCUCUCCCAAUCACAUCUGUCGUGUGUGGCACUCUCUGUGAUGGGUUGACAACUUCAUGCACGUCUGGGAAACUGUAGCUGUUGCCUUACAAAGUUCACACAGAAGCAUAAUAUUGCUUACUUUAAUUCGCCUGUGGAAACAACUCAGAGGCUAUUAAGAAGAAAAAGGAUAACAACAAGAAGAUUGAAAGAUAGGACUGGUGAACACUAAGAGCAGCAGAAAUAUGAGAUGAUUGGACC